AUGUCGGACUUUUUAAUAUUGAAAAAAUUCUUAAAAAGAUAUAAAAAUUUCGAAUAAGCUUAAUAUAAUUUCAGUUUUAAUCUUUAAUUUACCUAAGUCAAAUAAGUGGUUAACAAAAAGAUUAGAUAGAUUAAGAGUAUGCCUGAGUUUUUGACAAAACAAGAUAUCAUUUUUUUCAAUAGUUAUAUGUUCUCAUUCUUAUAGUUAAUAUUAUUCUUCUUAAAUAAUUUUGGAUAGAUUGAAUAAAAUAAAUUGGAGUCGUAUCAUGGUUUUUUUGUACUUCUGUUAAUUAUGUAAUCUUUGGGAUACAAAUUCAAUUGCUCAUCUUUCAUAUAUUAUGUUCUUGAUUUAGAAAUAGAACUUUUAUCGAUCUUUUAAUCUCCGAAGUAAAUAAUAAAUCAAAAUAGAUAUUCGCUUAAAUAGGGGAAUUUUAGUGUUAUUGGGAUUGAAUUGCAAACUAUGAUUCAGCACAGCAUUACUGAAUUAAAUAUCAUAUAAGAAUACAUAUAAUUCUCUUUACUAUUGAUCAUAUUUACAUAGGUGUCAAAAGGACUUUUAUAUUUUAAACAUAUGAGUAUUGCAUUCAUGAUGAUUUUAAUUUGUAAUUUAAAUUGA